AUGGAGGCUGUGGCCGAGGAGCUGCGGGCCGGCUCUCGGAUUCCUGUCACUGUUGAUCAAAUAGUUAACGAUACGCUAGUGGUGACGCUUACCUAUCAAGAAAGGAGCUACAUGGGGAUAUUACUCGAUUGCAAUAAAAAGUGAGUCUUAUUUCUUCGAAUUUUCUACAUUAAUCACAAAGUAAUUAGCUAGUUAGCGUGCUAAUGUUUGCUGGCUAAUCUAGCAUGCUAACUAGCUAGCUACAUGGACCAUCAUACAAAAGACUCCAAUGGGGUUGUAGCUAGCUUGCUAGUUAACGUUAGCACUUUUACAGCGAACAUAUUAAUAGCAUAAAAACAAGUGUAUCAUUAAUAUGACGUUUGGAUAAAGCCACCACCCUGUGAAAGUAACAUGUGAUGGGCAUUUUAACAAAAGUUAUGCCUACGUGGGUACCUAACGUUACCUCAUUGUUAGCUUAGCUAACGUUAUCAAGCUAGUUCAAUGAUGGCUAGAUUUAGACUGCCAACAGUGGAUCCCAGCUAUGGCAGGCCUUACUGAAACACCCGUUCUCAUAUUAGACUUGUGUACAUGCUUUCUUAUAAUUCAUCUAGCUACCUAUCUAGUAAUGAUUACAUGAACGUUACAUGUUUUAAUACUAACUAUGCAAAGUGAUGGGCAUCACAUCAUAAUUUAGCCUACUCCUGUCCUUGUGCUUUUAGUAAUGUAGGCCUAUGUUAAACACAGUCAUCCAAUUUUACCCUUAGCUAAUGAUACAAUUAGUGUAGGCCUAUUUAUAAAUGAUUGACCUGAAACUCUAAAUAAGAGAUUAUACAGCUGUGUUAUGCUGUUAAAGAUGGCACUAAUUGUCGAGUUACCAAGGAAAUUAGACUCCAGAAAAACUAGGCUAUAGGUCUACUUUGUACUUGACAAAGGGUGAACUAUAUAAUGUUGGCAAGAAAUCCCAUUUAGGGUGUUAACAAUAGAUGUAAAGUAUAACAUGUUAUUUGAAUGAUUGGUAUUCAUAUGGGGCAUGUUAUCUGGCUCGCAGUGUGUCACCUGUACUGGUCUUGUGUUGCACUAGUAUGCGCUAAUACAGUGCAGUGAGUGCACCUUUUUUUUAAAUGCCACUGGGUUUAUUUAUUUAUAGAUUCAGAAUCUUACCAGCUUUUCAUAUCGGUAGGCCUUCACUGAGACAUGUAGGCCUACACGUUCACGUGAUAGAUCACUCCAAAUGCCCUGAGAUUGACCUUCCCCAGUGGAAAGAUCUAGGCUUAAACAAAGAACAGUGGUUUGGCAUACAGGCCUAUUUUUCCUUGUGAAUGUCAAAAUGUGAGUUCUUCCUUUAGGUUUAUAGAAAUGCAUUUCCCUUCAUUGUGUGUCUCCAGUUUCCAUGUCAUGUAUCAUUUGUGCAGGAUCUCUUUAUUUGGUUGUAGUGUAUGUACAGCAUUAUAUGUUAAAUGGGAACAGUGUUUGAGUCAUGGCCGGUUAACCACUAUGUCCUUGCACACAGCCUUGGCCAGGAAUUUCUGUACUGCCUGUGUCCAUCAUAGUGACGGCUGAGAUUUUGUUGCUCACGAAGGGCCUUUAGUAAAGGUCUCCUCCAAAGCACCGGAAACGGGCUUCGCCAGGCCUCUUUAUUUAAAUGUGCCAAUAGCCGCUCAUGGGGAAAUGCCUUUCGGGCUUCCUAAAUGUGCUUUAAUUAAUAAUCUCAUAACACACAAGCACCCAGCAGACACUGAUGUGAAAACAAGUGAAUCUCCUGGCUCUCUCUGGGUCCCGAGUGAUUCAUGUGGUUGUUUUUGUUCAGUCAGAUGGAGUGGAGGGGGGCUACUGGGUAUCCUGUAGUCUCUUUGUCUGCAGUCUCUGACAGCAGAGCACAGCCAUGUUGUUGCUGCUGCUGCGUUGGCUGCUCACAGCUACCUUUCUAUAUGGCUCCUUAGAGAAGCCCGGCUUGGACACGUCACGUCACAGGCAUGAAAAUAAACAUGAAUUUACAGAGAGAACACACACUCCAGCUCUUUCAGUUUGUAGCGCAAGGCUGUAGGGGUAGGGUAUAGGCUAGCUAGACAACGACCUGCUUGCUUGCUGUCUCCCAACCCCCACUCCAGUAGAAUACCCAACACAGGGGAUUAAUGUGCUGUCUUUUACACAACCUGAAGUGUUGCAACCAUAAGAGCUUUCAUAAGUGCGCCGACAGGGUCAAAGGAGUGCAUUUGUUGCACUUCGAUUUUGUCGAGUUAAUGUUCUUGACCUGAACAGGAACUUGAACCAAAGAGUUUAAAUUCCUGCUUUAUCCACAAUGAUAAAGUUGAGCGCAAACAAUUUAUCAUGAUUGGAUGCAAUAACCCAGAAGCUACAAAGCAUACUAAAGUAUUUUCUUUCACUGUUUUUUUUAUAGGACUGGGCUUUUCUGCCUACCAGAUGUCACAACAAAGCCAGUGGAAUGCCCUGCAUUGAAACCUGGUUGUGAAAUCCCUGAAGUCCUGAGAGAGGAGCCUGUUACUAAACCUCCCAGCCAGGCUUCACAUCAUAGACCAAAGGAUGAAAACACGCUCCCUGAAAAUGACCCACUAGCUGCCCAUCUCCCUGCCCCUCUGCCCACACCAGUGCCCGCCGGGCAGGCUCCAUACCCUCCAUAUUUUGAAGGAGCUCCCUUCCCUCAGCCCAUUUGGGUGCGCCACAGCUAUGGUCAAUGGGUACCUCAGCCACCUCCGCGAACCAUUAAGAGGAAGAAGAGGCGGACCCGAGAGCCCGGGCAGAUGACCAUGAGCACCAUCAGGCUCCGCCCACGGCAGGUGUUGUGCGAGAAGUGUAAGAACACACUGAACAGUGACGAGGACAGUAAGGACGGGAUGCCCACAACCAAGGCUUCCAGGAAAGAGAACGCGCCACAGAGCGAUGAAGACUCCAAAGACGGGUCUGUGAAGUUGGCCAGGAAAGAGGAUGCAGAUGCCACCAAGGAUAACAAUAAGAGGCGGGAGAACGGCCCCACCGGCUAUGACAGCAAGCGGCUCCGGAAGGACAAGAGGGAUGAGGAACCAAAGUUCCCUGCAGUGGACAUCAUUCCCCACAGCCCGGUCAUCAAGAUAUCCUACAGCACUCCGCAGGGCAAGGGCGAGGUCAUGAAGAUCCCAGCUCGGGUCCACGGCUCUGUCAAGCCCUUCUGCCCCAAGCAGCUGAUGCAAAAUGGCCUAAGAGGCCAGCAGGGCAAGGUGCCCGAGCCCACCACCUUAACCCAGACCCAGGAGCAGCGCCACAUCCUGGAUGCCACCAGGACGGGCCUGACCGUGUCCAUUCCCAAACUCAAGCUCCCCAGGCCCCCAACAGCCAGCCUGGACCUCCCCUCCCCCAAGAUCCGAGUGAGGACCCUGGGGGACGGAGAGGACAGCCUGACUGUGUACAAUGCGGAGCUGGUAGAGGGGCAGAGCAGAAAGAGCCUCAGGGUGCCGGUACCUGGUCCCCUGCCCCAAUCAGAGGACUCUGGGGAGAAGACCCCCAUGGAGCUGUGGUCAGGGAGUUCUGGAGAGGAGGCAGACCGAGGUCAAAGUGACCUUGCGCUGCUCAUCAACCUCCGCAAGAGGAAGGCGGACUCCUCCAGCCUGUCCGUGUGCAGCACAGACAGUCUAGACGAAUCAAAAUCCUUCAGCUCAGAUGGCACGUCCCCAGAGCUGUGCGACCUAGCGCCCGGCGAGCACAUCUCCUCCAUGUCCUCCUCGAUCUCACGAGACAACAGCAAGACUGUGCCGCCACUCACCGUGCGCCUGCACACACGCAGCAUGACCAAGUGCGUGACGGAGGAGGGCCAUGCGGUGGCCGUGGGAGACGUGGUGUGGGGGAAGAUCCAUGGGUUCCCCUGGUGGCCGGCGAGGGUGCUCAGCAUCAGCGGCAGCCGCAAAGAGGAGUCUAACUGUGAGGCCCAGUGGCCAGAGGCCAAGGUGGCCUGGUUCGGCUCGCCCACUACCUCCCAGCUCUCCGUUGCCAAACUCUCCCCCUUCCGGGAGUUCUUCAGGUCGCGUUUCAACCGCAAGAAGAAAGGGAUGUACCGGCGAGCCAUCGUGGAAGCUGCCAAGGCUGUGGGCCACAUGAGCCCCGAGAUAACCUCGCUACUCACCUCUCACUGCGAA